AUGUUCAAGACCAGGUACCUGCACGAGGUGCGCAAAGAUAAGUAUGAGCGCUCUGAUGUCUUUGAGGAGCCCAGCAGCCCUCAAGCUUCAACCUCUGGGACCUCUACAAAGUCCGUUCCUGGCUGGGAGAGCCUUCAAGAGCUGAACAGCCGCUUUGCACGUUACAUCAAUCGGGCUCGCGUGCUGGAGCAGCGCAAUGCCGUGUUCCGCAAGCAGCUCGAGACUCUUCAGCGGAUGGAGGAGGAAUCCGGAUUGGAGGAGGCCUUCAGCCAGCAGAUCAACGUCAACCAACAGCGCAUCAGAGAACUGCAGUCUGAGCGAGCCAAACUGGAGAGAGAGCUUAAAGAUGCUGAACGCAUGCUGGAUGAGUACAACAGCAGAUACAGAAAUGAAUGUGAAUAUCAAGAACAGCUGCGGCGCUCACUGGAACAGCUUAAUAAGGAAGCCGAUACGGUGCUAUUGAGGAACCUUGAGUAUCAGAUCCAGCUGCAGUUCCUCCAAGAUGAUGUCAAUGCAACCAAAGAGAGGCACAAAAAGAACCUUGCUGAGAUUCAGACGUAUCUCAACAUUUUGCAUCAGAUCAACCAGACCAUUCCUCUGUUGGCAAACGUUUCGGUUUCAGAGGAACAGGAGAGGUUGGUCGCUCAGCGGAGGGUUCCUGCCCUGAGGAGUCAGCUGGAGGAGUACAAGAGCGCCAUCUGUCAGCUGCAGGCUCAGAAGCAGCGCCUGCAGAAGGAGACCUCCGUGUUGGAACUAACCAUCAAGACCACACAAGAGAGCUACGAUGAUGAAAUCCAAAUAAAGAAUGAACAAAUCGAGUCCCUCAGGAAAGAUAUUGAGGAGGCAGAGAAGUCGCUCGAGAAAUACACCAACAACUGUCGACAGCUGGCUGUAUACCAGACCUCUCUGGAGAAUGAACUUGAGAGGAACAAGAGAAUCAUCGAGAACGAAGACAGCAGGUUGAAUUCAGCAAUAAUUGGAACACCCAUUACCUUUUUACCAAUUGACUACAAAUACACGCAUAUUCCUACCACAAUCAGGAAAGGAAAAGACAUCAACCAAGUUAUCCAAGACAUAACCAGUGUAAAGCCUCGUCAGAAGACCUUGGCCAAGAAAGUGUUGAAAAAGAAAGAAAUAACUUCCAAAGGAGCUAUGGAGAGUGGACUGGAAAAGAGGACAGCAGAAGAGUUUGAGAAAGAGGAGAAAGCACAAAUGAUGGAGGAACAGCCGGUAAGAAGUGAGCAGUGUGUUCCUUGUGAGGACGUGCCAGAUGGAGCCCAGAUCAGCAAGGCCUUUGAUAGUCUUUGUAACAUCAUUCGUGACCGUAUGAGGCGAGUUAGGAAACCUGAGCCCAUCGCUGACUUUUUCAACAAGGGCCAUUACGUCCUGGUCACGGGCGACUCAAACUAUCUUGAUCCCUGCUUCAUCACAACCACCCCCUCCGCCAGUCACGUCUUUGUUACUAUCCGAGAUGGCGCGAUGCCUCAUGGUCCUGACAUGACUGUUACACCGAGCCCCAGCCCACCACCAAGCCCUCGUGACAGCAAAAGCCACAGUCCUCCUCCAGGUCCCAAACCGCCCUCAACCCAACGUGGCAGCAAGAGCAAGACCCCAGAAGAACCAGGCGAUUUCAGAGGCCCUCCACCCAUGCCAUCGCACAGCUCCAUGAGCUAUGAGAAGGUAGAAGCUGUGGAGUCUAUUGAGAAGCUCUCACCAGACAAAAAAGUGAAGGGCUAUGAAGAGACGACCACAGUAGUUGAGACCAUGAUCGAGAAGACGAGCAGAAAGAAGCAUUCUGACAAAACUUCUUAA